GAACGGCGGGGACGGACAGGUAGCGAGCCCUCGCCCGCGCUAAUCGGGAUUGCUGGGCCGCCCGCAUUGCCUGGUGGUCCGGACGUGGCGGCGGUGGCAUCCCGGACGGCCUGUGAGGGAUGCGCCGCCCACUGCCCCGCGCCGCCUGACCGCCCCCGCCUCGACUCGCGGUGCGCCACAGCCGGGCCCGGCCGUCCCCGCCGCGCUGUCGCCCGGCCGCCGCGCCCGCGGGGCCGCGCCCGGGCCGGCCAUGUGGACCCCCACGGAGGAAGAGAAAUACGGCGUAGUGAUAUGCAGUUUUCGAGGAUCUGUCCCUCAAGGAUUGGUCUUAGAAAUAGGAGAAACAGUCCAGAUUCUUGAAAAAUGUGAAGGUUGGUAUAGAGGAGUUUCAACAAAGAAGCCAAAUGUAAAGGGGAUCUUUCCUGCUAAUUACAUUCACUUGAAAAAAGCAAUUGUCAGUAAUAGGGGGCAGUAUGAAACUGUGGUUCCACUUGAAGAUUCUAUUGUGACUGAAGUUACAGCAACUUUGCAAGAAUGGGCCAGUCUGUGGAAACAACUCUAUGUGAAACAUAAAGUAGAUCUUUUCUACAAACUACGCCAUGUGAUGAAUGAACUUAUUGACCUUCGAAGGCAGCUCCUGUCUGGUCACCUGACUCAGGAUCAGGUGCGGGAGGUUAAGCGGCACAUCACCGUGCGCCUGGACUGGGGCAAUGAGCAUUUGGGCCUGGACCUGGUGCCUCGAAAGGACUUUGAAGUAGUGGAUGCGGACCAGAUUAGUGUCUCAGAUCUCUAUAAAAUGCAUUUAUCUAGCCGGCAGAGUGUACAGCAAAGCACAUCUCAGGUAGAUACAAUGCGCCCACGACAUGGGGAAACCUGUCGGAUACCAGUGCCACAUCACUUCUUCCUCAGUCUGAAGAGUUUCACCUACAAUACCAUUGGGGAGGAUACCGAUGUCUUCUUUUCCUUAUAUGAUAUGAGAGAAGGCAAGCAGAUCAGUGAACGGUUUCUGGUGAGACUGAACAAGAAUGGUGGGCCAAGGAACCCAGAGAAGAUAGAACGAAUGUGUGCCCUUUUUACAGAUCUGAGCAGCAAAGAUAUGAAGAGAGAUUUAUAUAUAGUUGCCCAUGUGAUACGAAUAGGCCGUAUGCUCCUGAAUGACUCAAAGAAGGGCCCUGCUCACCUGCACUAUCGGCGACCAUAUGGCUGUGCAGUCCUAAGCGUCCUGGAUGUCCUGCAAUCACUCACAGAAUUAAAGGAAGAAAAGGAUUUUGUUCUUAAGGUUUACACGUGCAACAACGAGAGUGAAUGGUCCCAGAUCCAUGAGAACAUCAUCCGCAAGUCCAGUGCCAAGUACUCUGCCCCCAGCGCCAGCCAUGGUCUUAUCAUUUCUCUGCAGCUUCUUCGUGGAGACAUGGAACAGAUUAGGAGAGAAAAUCCCAUGAUAUGUAAUAGAGGAUUGGCAAUUACAAGAAAAUUGGGAUUUCCUGAUGUCAUCAUGCCAGGUGAUAUCCGCAAUGACCUGUACCUAACCCUGGAGAAGGGAGAUUUCGAGAGAGGGGGAAAGAGUGUACAAAAGAAUAUUGAAGUGACCAUGUAUGUGCUUUACGCAGACGGAGAAAUCUUGAAGGAUUGCAUCAGCUUGGGUUCAGGAGAGCCAAAUAGGAGUUCCUACCACUCCUUUAUCCUCUACCACAGUAAUAGUCCUCGCUGGGGAGAAAUUAUCAAAUUGCCCAUCCCCAUCGACCGGUUCCGGGGCUCCCACCUGCGCUUCGAGUUCAGACACUGUUCCACAAAAGACAAAGGGGAAAAGAAACUCUUUGGCUUUGCAUUCUCACCGCUGAUGCGGGACGACGGCACCACCCUCUCAGAUGAUAUCCACGAGCUCUAUGUGUACAAGUGUGAUGAGAAUAGCACGUUUAACAACCAUGCUCUGUACCUGGGGCUGCCCUGCUGCAAAGAGGACUACAAUGGCUGCCCUAACAUCCCCUCCAGCCUCAUCUUCCAGCGCAGCACCAAAGAGUCUUUCUUCAUUUCCACACAGCUCUCCUCCACCAAACUCACCCAGAAUGUGGACCUCCUUGCUCUGCUGAAAUGGAAGGCCUUUCCAGACCGAAUCAUGGACAUCCUAGGGCGGCUGCGGCAUGUCAGUGGGGAGGAGAUUGUUAAGUUUCUACAGGACAUCUUAGAUACGCUCUUUGUGAUUUUGGAUGAUAAUACAGAGAAAUAUGGCCUGUUGGUGUUUCAGUCUUUGGUAUUCAUCAUCAACCUUCUCCGAGACAUCAAAUAUUUCCACUUCCGACCUGUGAUGGACACAUACAUCCAGAAGCACUUUGCUGGAGCCCUGGCAUACAAGGAGCUGAUCCGCUGUUUGAAGUGGUACAUGGACUGCUCAGCAGAACUGAUUCGGCAGGACCACAUUCAGGAAGCCAUGCGGGCGCUGGAGUACCUUUUCAAGUUUAUUGUGCAGUCAAGGAUCCUGUACUCACGUGCCACCUGUGGAAUGGAAGAGGAGCAGUUCCGGUCCAGCAUCCAAGAACUUUUCCAGUCCAUCCGGUUUGUGCUCAGUUUGGACAGCAGAAACUCAGAAACACUCCUUUUCACUCAGGCUGCACUCCUCAAUUCCUUCCCAACCAUCUUUGACGAGCUGCUGCAAAUGUUCACUGUGCAGGAGGUAGCAGAGUUUGUGAGAGGGACUCUGGGGAGCAUGCCCAGCACUGUGCACAUCGGGCAGUCAAUGGAUGUGGUGAAGCUGCAGUCCAUUGCCAGAACUGUGGAUAGUCGCCUGUUUUCUUUCUCAGAAUCCCGCCGCAUCCUGCUUCCUGUGGUUCUCCAUCACAUUCACCUUCACCUGAGGCAGCAGAAAGAGUUGCUAAUCUGCUCAGGGAUUCUUGGCAGCAUCUUCUCCAUCGUCAAGACCAGCUCUCUGGAGGCAGAUGUCAUGGAGGAGGUAGAAAUGAUGGUGGAGAGCCUCUUGGACGUGCUCUUACAGACUCUGCUCACCAUCAUGAGCAAAUCGCAUGCUCAGGAGGCGGGCGAGUAUGUGUCCUGCCUUCUCUCACUGCUCCGCCAGAUGUGUGACACCCAUUACCAGCACCUCCUGGACAACUUCCAGAGCAAAGAUGAACUCAAGGAAUUCCUGCUGAAGAUUUUUUGUGUGUUCCGGAACCUGAUGAAGAUGAGUGUCUUUCCUCGGGACUGGAUGGUGAUGAGACUUCUCACAAGCAAUAUUAUAGUCACUACCGUCCAGUACCUGUCUUCUGCACUGCACAAGAAUUUCACAGAGACAGACUUCGACUUUAAGGUGUGGAAUUCUUAUUUUAGCCUGGCAGUUCUGUUCAUAAAUCAGCCAAGCCUUCAGCUAGAAAUCAUUACUUCCACCAAGAGGAAGAAGAUUCUAGAUAAGUAUGGGGACAUGCGUGUGAUGAUGGCUUAUGAGCUGUUCAGCAUGUGGCAGAAUUUGGGUGAACAUAAGAUCCACUUUAUUCCGGGAAUGAUUGGUCCUUUUCUGGGUGUCACACUGGUCCCACAGCCAGAAGUGCGGAAUAUCAUGAUUCCCAUCUUUCAUGACAUGAUGGACUGGGAGCAAAGGAAAAAUGGCAACUUCAAACAGGUGGAGGCCGAGCUGAUUGACAAGCUGGACAGCAUGGUGUCAGAAGGGAAAGGCGACGAGAGCUACAGGGAGCUCUUCGGCCUGCUCCUGCUGGAGAAAGUUGAACAGGAAACAUGGCGCGAGACCGGCAUUUCCUUUGUAACCUCAGUCACCCGCCUCAUGGAACGCCUUCUUGACUACAGGGAUUGCAUGAAAGGAGAGGAGACGGAAAAUAAGAAGAUCGGCUGCACUGUUAACCUGAUGAACUUUUACAAAUCUGAGAUUAACAAAGAAGAGAUGUAUAUCCGCUAUAUCCAUAAGCUUUGUGACAUGCAUUUGCAGGCCGAAAACUACACAGAAGCUGCAUUCACUCUGCUCCUCUACUGUGAGCUGCUGCAGUGGGAGGAACGGCCACUGCGGGAAUUCCUCCACUACCCAUCCCAGACAGAGUGGCAGCGGAAAGAGGGACUAUGCCGCAAGAUCAUCCACUACUUCAACAAAGGCAAGAGCUGGGAGUUUGGGAUCCCACUGUGCAGGGAGCUGGCAUGUCAGUAUGAGAGCCUCUACGAUUAUCAGAGCCUCAGCUGGAUUCGGAAAAUGGAGGCCAGCUACUAUGACAACAUCAUGGAGCAGCAACGCCUGGAGCCUGAGUUCUUUCGGGUUGGCUUCUAUGGCAGGAAGUUUCCUUUCUUCCUUCGGAACAAAGAAUAUGUGUGCCGUGGCCAUGACUACGAGAGGCUGGAGGCCUUCCAGCAGAGGAUGCUCAGCGAGUUCCCACAGGCCGUCGCCAUGCAGCACCCCAACCACCCUGAUGACACCAUCCUGCAGUGUGAUGCCCAAUACUUGCAGAUCUAUGCAGUGACACCCAUUCCAGAUUAUGUGGACGUCCUGCAGAUGGACAGGGUCCCAGAUCGCGUCAAGAGCUUCUACCGUGUCAACAAUGUGAGGAAGUUCCGGUACGACAGGCCUUUUCACAAAGGCCCCAAGGACAAGGAGAAUGAAUUCAAGAGCCUGUGGAUCGAGCGCACCACGCUGACCCUGACGCACAGUUUGCCUGGCAUCUCUCGGUGGUUCGAAGUGGAGAGGAGGGAGCUGGUGGAGGUGAGCCCCCUGGAGAAUGCCAUCCAAGUGGUUGAGAAUAAGAACCAGGAGCUGCGGGCCCUGAUCAGCCAGUAUCAGCACAAACAGGUGCAUGGCAACAUCAACCUGCUCAGCAUGUGCCUGAAUGGUGUCAUUGAUGCCGCUGUCAACGGAGGCAUUGCACGCUACCAAGAGGCCUUCUUUGAUAAAGAUUACAUCACCAAGCACCCAGGAGAUGCUGAGAAGAUCACCCAGCUUAAGGAACUCAUGCAAGAGCAGGUCCAUGUCCUUGGAGUCGGGCUGGCAGUUCAUGAGAAGUUCGUGCACCCAGAAAUGCGCCCUCUGCAUAAGAAGCUGAUUGAUCAGUUCCAGAUGAUGCGAGCCAGUCUCUACCACGAGUUUCCGGGUUUGGACAAGCUAAGUCCUGCAUGUUCAGGCACCAGCACCCCGCGGGGAAAUGUCCUAGCAUCCCAUAGCCCCAUGAGCCCCGAGAACAUCAAGAUGACCCACAGGCACAGCCCCAUGAACUUGAUGGGCACCGGCCGCCAUUCAUCAUCCUCUCUCUCCUCACACGCAUCUAGUGAAGCUGGAAAUGUGGUGAUGUUGGGUGACAGCUCCAUGGGCGAGGCCCCCGAGGACCUGUACCACCACAUGCAGCUCGCGUAUCCCAACCCCAGGUACCAGGGCUCAGUCACCAACGUCUCUGUUCUGUCCUCGUCCCAGGCAAGCCCUUCUUCCUCCAGCCUGAGUUCCACUCACUCAGCACCAUCCCAGAUGAUUACCUCUGCCCCUUCCAGUGCCCGAGGCUCUCCCUCUCUGCCAGAUAAGUACCGCCAUGCCCGGGAAAUGAUGUUGCUGCUGCCCACACACCGCGAUCGCCCAAGCAGUGCCAUGUAUCCAGCAGCUAUCCUGGAGAACGGCCAGCUGCCAAACUUCCAGCGGGCCCUGUUCCAGCAAGUGGUUGGAGCCUGCAAACCCUGCAGUGAUCCCAAUCUGUCUGUGGCUGAAAAAGCGGUGCCAGCAGCCCCCAGCAGCUGGAGCCUGGAUAGCGGAGCCCGAGAGGCCCAGCCCUUCCUGUCUGCCCACACGGGGUGCAUCCUGGCCCCCCCAGUGCCUCCCCGAAGCCUGCUGCAUGGUCAUUACUCCCUGCACUUUGACACCUUCCACCACUCCCUGGGUGACACCCCCCCAGCCCUUCCAGCCAGGACCCUGCGCAAGUCUCCUCUCCACCCUAUCCCAGCCUCCCCCACAAGCCCCCAGUCGGGCCUGGAUGGCAGCAACUCUACGCUGUCUGGCAGUGCCAGCAGCGGUGUGUCUUCCCUAAGCGAGAGUAACUUUGGGCACUCCUCAGAGGCCCCUCCUCGAACCGACACCAUGGACUCCAUGCCAAGCCAGGCCUGGAAUGCUGAUGAAGAGCUUGAGCCGCCCUACCUCCCCGUCCACUACAGCCUCUCCGAGUCCGCUGUCCUGGACUCCAUCAAGGCCCAGCCAUGCCGAAGCCACUCAGCCCCGGGAUGUGUCAUCCCUCAGGACCCCAUGGACCCACCUGCGCUGCCACCCAAGCCCUACCACCCCCGCCUGCCAGCCCUGGAGCACGACGAGGGUGUGCUGCUGCGCGAGGAGGCCGAGAGGCCUCGGGGCCUGCAUCGCAAGGCCUCGCUGCCUCCUGGGAGCACCAAGGAAGAACAGGCUCGCAUGGCCUGGGAGCACGGUCGAGGGGAACAGUGAAGGGCAGGGAGGCAGCUGGGACACCACCCUCAGUGAGCAGCUUGCCCAACCACUCCAGGUCUGAAAAGCAAAUCCCCCUGCAGGGAGUCAGAGAGGCCUGGCACUCAGGAGAGAACCACCCCGAGUCUACGUUCUACUGCCGUGAACUCGUGUGUUGCCAUGUACAGAGGCCACAGCAGCAUGAAGGGUUGUGGCUUGUCUUUUUAUUUCAUUUUCUACAUUUCCAUUUCUAUGGGUUUUCCUUUUUCCUUUGUGCAGUAGAUGCUUUCUUCCUCCUGCAGUUCCAGACCACGUGGAGCAAUAUGGAGAUGUUGCACAGACAGAAUUGCUUUGCAGCUUUGCAGGGCCCUGGGGGUAGGAGCCCAGGCACUCCCUCCGGGAAAGAGAUGCACAGAAGAAUGGAAAUUGCACUAGGGACCUCUUCCUAUGCUGUGUUGUCAGAAGAGCUCAUGGCUGUAUUCAGGGAUUGCAAGGACCACGUGGACUACGUCACAGGUGGACAAGGGGGCUACAAGCUAUUUUGCACAAAUGUCUGCCCACCUGCCCGCUCUUCCAUCCGGGAGUGUGCAGCUGAGGGGCCGGCUAGGCCAACCUGUCAGCUCAAGCAUGUGACCUGGCCUAACUGUAUGCCCGGGGCAUACUGCCAGGCUUCCAUGGGCCAGACAUGCCUCCUACUCUACCUUGGAUUUUUCCCUCCACCGUUUUUAUUUUUGACCCUUUGCUCCUCUCUACUCAAUACAUAUCACGCCCUGUAGGAGCCCCCCGCCCCGUGCAUGGAACUGCAAUGGUUAUCUCCUACCCUCUGGAGCUUGAGUAGGGGUGUAGAGCCAGAAGGACUACCCUCGCCACUGUCCUCCCCAGAGCCCAGGAAGCCACGUGUUGAGAGACAGGCUGGUAUAGGAGUGAGGCUGGGGUGUGGCAGGGGCCGGAAAUCCUGUGAGCUUUCAGAAAUGGCCAGAGUGCUUGUCAUCCAGCUCCUGAAUCAGGGAUUUUCAGCACUACCUCCAAAUAGUGGGGUUGGCUGCCCAGCCAGGCUUCUAAGGCCCAAGGACUUGUGGUCAAGUUCAGCAAGCUCCUGGGUAAAAAGGGUGGGAGGGAGCUUCUCCUCUUAGAAGCAGAGAGCCACACAGGUUGAAUUAUCCUUUCCCGGUAGCCAAGUACAGGGCCCCAGCUCCAGGCCUGUGGGGACCACCACUCAGGGUUCAGGGCGGGCAGGAGGGCAGUUUCUCCAGCCUCCCCAGUCUGUUGGGCAGAAGGCAGUGGUGUCUUUAUAGGAAACUCUUCCAGGUCAGGGCACUGAUUUUCCUCUUGAUUUAUCAUUUGGGGGAAUAGGGUGGGGUGGUAAUAGUAUUUUACCAGGGUGCUUCUAAGUUACUUUUAAAAAAAGUCUACAAAACACUUAUUUGCUUGAGUUCACAACUUUGACGGUCACAAGGCUGCCUUCUUGUUGAGCAGGUGUGUUGUCCCCUAGUUCCUCUUCUGCUGGCCCAUCUGACCUCCGUGGUUAGGGUGUUUUUCACUUGUAAACAAAUGCCAGCUUGUUUAAUAGGAAUGCCAGCAAGUAACCCAUGAGGAAAGAUGGGGGGGGGGCACACAUUACCUUCAGGGCAUCUAGGAGUGUUUAUCACUAGUGUGGGUCCUUUCUGAUACUUUAAGGGUGACUCCAAGCAGAGUGGGUCACUCCUGGCAGGCCUGGACCAUCGGGUGUUCACAAGUGUGACAGUCAGGGACUAGCUUUGGAUUUCUUAGGUAGGAGGGCAUAUUUAGGUUUUAGGGCACUUCUGAACCUCAAUCCCUGGACAAGGCAGUCCUCACGUAGGAACAUCUACCUUCUCCACCUGGUGACGUGGGAGGGUAGAGAGGGAGGGGAAUGUGGGUUCGUCUGGCCUUGCCUUAUGUAGGGUGAGCCAGGUUUGUGUUUUUCCCUCUCCGUUUUCCCUAACUUGAUGAAAAGGACAUAAUCCAGAUCCCUUUCGUUGGAGAAUCAGCCAGUCUGAAGGGAAGUGGGAGGCCAGAGAUGAGAAUCCUCUGAAAAGAUUGUGAAAUACUGAUUUUCAUUCUUUCAAGCUUAUUUGUAAAUACCUAUUUGAAUGCUGUGUAUUUGUACAGGAAUUUGAGCAAAAAAUGUAUAGAGUGUGAUGUCCAAUUGGUAUUCAGCCCUAUAAAUGUGUUUUUAACCUCUGGCAUUCUGUGCUUAUUUAAAAUAAGAAAACUUCUAACCAUUUCUUUUGUGUAUUUAUGUUCAAAAUAAGAAGUGACUUUAAAAUAGUCUUACUUGUACCAGAAAGCAAAGUUAAAAGAAAAAGAAAUUUGUACUGAUGUCCCAAAAGGUAUUUUACUGUAUAUAUUGUGGUAGCAUGUUCUAAAUCCAACAGGUAAUGUGAAUUUUAGAUGUAAAUAUCUGCCACUUGAUUUCCCCCCUUUCCCCACU